AUGCCCCCGAGGAAAACGUCGCGACCACCGCCCUAUGCCGCCCGCAACCAGAGCGGAGGAAUUGCGAUUCCACCUGCGCUUAAGAACCUCCUUCGCAGCAGGGCAGGACGGUUGAUAGUCGGCGGUGUACUGGGCUUCUUUGUCCUGAUAUGGAUGCUGAGUGGUAGUGGAGGAACUAGCAGGAGGACAGCUUCUAAAGUUGGGGGUUGGACAGCCGCGAACAUACCCAAACCGGCGAUAGGGAGCGGACCGCCCGUGGUGGUGAUUACAACAAUAGAUCCCAAGGCCGACCCGGUCUGGAUACAAAAGAUCAAGAGCAACAGGGAAGAAUACGCCAAGAAACAUGGCUACCUCACCUUCUUCCCCACCGCAGACCAAUACCCCAUCGGCAACUCCCCCGCGACCUGGUCACGCGUCCCCGGCACCCGCCACGCCAUGACGCUCUACCCUACCUCAACUUUCUUCUGGUAUCUCGACGCCACAGCGCUCAUCAUGAACACCGCACUCCCCAUCCACACCCACCUGCUCACACCCGCCAAACUCGAAACCCACAUGAUCACCAACGCGCCUGUCGUGCCCCCCGACAGCGUCAUCAAAACCUUCAGUAACCUCAAGGGCGACAGAAUAGAUUUCGUCGUCACACAGGACAAGGACGGAUUGGCGCCGAGCAGUUUCGUGGUAAGGAACGGGGAGUGGGCCAAGUUCUUCCUGGAUGCUUGGUUCGAUCCGAUAUACAGGAGUUAUAACUUCCAGAAGGCGGAGAGUCAUGCGUUGGAGCAUAUUGUUCAAUGGCACGGCACCAUCCUCGCCAAACUAGCCAUGGUCCCCCAGAACCUCCUCAACGCCUACGCGACCGGCCCCGCAAGCCCCAAAGACGGACAGUUUACAGAAGGCGAUCUCGUUGCCAACUUCCCCGGCUGCGAUAAAGACGGAAGGGACUGCGCGAAGGAACAGGAACAGUUCUGGGCCAUACUUGAGCAAGGCAAGAACUAG